AUGGAGUUAAGAGGUUUUUUUACAGUGAGUAUACCAAAAGAGGGCCAAUUUAUUUAGUCGCAUGCUACUUCAGUUCUAAGUUGGGAUUUCGUAAUUCUGGGGCCCGAGUUUUGUGAAAUGAGUUUUACGGACGGGGCCUGCAGGCAGUGCUUUUUGCAGAGCUUACAACUUAAAACAAAGCAUUUCUCUCUUUAUAUGCAGUCAUACCUCCCAAAAUGCAAAGGUUUAGGCCGGAUUUAGGUGCGUAAAUGAGAUAGAGGCAAUGUAUGAAAGUCAUGAAAGGCCGCAAGUAAGGGUAAAAGUUGAACUUCGCUCAACUUUCACGCUCACGCGUGAAAGCCGUGAGUCCAUACAUUACCUCUAUUUUAUUUAAGCGCGUAAAAUUACGCGACAGUGGAAAUCAACCUUUACGGAAACGGAGGUCGACAUACAGCGAGCAACAAUGCAUCAAGUGGUCACCGGCUUACAAGAGGUUAGAAAUAGUGCAUGGGAAACAGUAAAAACAUCUAACCAAAAAGUGGUCAAAGUCGCUUACGAAAGGUUCUAAUCCUUGAAAAUUGACUGGGACAAAAAGGUUUUCUAGGCAGGUGGUCGCUUCUCAGUGGGAGGCGGUCGCUUACGAGAUCUUACGAAGGGUGGUCGAACAUAGGGGUUGGACUGUAUUUUGAGUUUGAUGGUAAACUAUUUUCGAAUUUUGUUUGAUUUUUGUUUCAACUUAUAAUAUCUGCUUUCUUUGUUCCUAGACUGUUUUCGCCUGUUUGUUUACUGUGGAAGCAUACUCUCGCAGUUUUAAUUAUCGUAGGCCCGUGGAGGGUGAUCCCUGCACAAAUUAUGAUGGGCGUUAUAUGAGAAUUAACAUGGACGAAUGUCGUGAAAAUAAAAACUCGCAAAUGGAAUGCCCAGCGAUGGCGGAUGGCGAAACGAGAAGAAACUCAAGCACACGUAAGUUGGCGGGUUUCUUGAUGUUGUUCUACUGCUCUCAGUCACUUUCCAUCUCAAAAUUAUUUUAAAACGGAAAAAAUUUGCAAGCAGCAAAUUUCAUUUAUUACUAACGGACCAUCGAUUCGUGCCGAAAUGAGACAGGCAAGUUGGCGAGUUUCAUGAAGUGAUUCGACUGCCGUCAGUCACUUUCCAUCUCAAAAUCAUUUUAAGAUGGAAAAGAUUUCUACAAGCCGAAAUCUUUAGCCGUAUUUAUUACCAAAGACAAUCGCGCGAAUGCGAGGACCAUGUGGUUUGGCCAAUUUCUAUGUUAUUAGCGAUACAACGUGAUUUUCGAUACACCCAGCCCCCACCCGCGGAAAAAUAGUUUUCACUCCUCCUAGAAAUAUUUAAUUUUGCAAUAUUAUUCUUCUUUUUACCUAAUUUUGAAUAUAUUAAAAAUUUGUCUCCUAUUAUCCCCUUUGGCUCUCUCUGGUUUGAUCAGGAAUGUCUCACCACUUGUCAGAAAAAAUAAAAUGUGAGAUUUUCUAAAAGGCACUGGUGCUAUGUCAUAAAGCUGAUAUAUUGGUCUUAUGUUUCUGCAGAUUUUACGUUGGUCGAAAGCCGGAAUAAGCUGAGAUCAUGGCGUUGCAUCUCUUUCAACAACACCUAUUCACUUAUGGUACAAGGAAACAAUGUCAGCUUCGUGGUGAGUGAGUACAAGGCUUAGUAUAAGGCUUACAAUUGUGAAACAAUCAUCCUUUUUAAAAAUGGACCUUCCGAUUACCUUUACUGCAGCAAUAGAUUUGAUAAAUAGGUUCCCGAUAACUCAAACCUUUAAGGGGAAUCAAGAGGAAUGCAAGUAUCAACCCUCCACUUCAAGGGCAACAAGAAAAAUGUAUUUUUUUUGGAAAAAAAAGCUUGAUUAAUUAGUACAGGGAUAAACAUUAUAUUUAAAGUGGACUAAAUAAAAAAUAAAGAUAAAGAAUAAUUGUAUAGAAUGAUCAGAAGGGACACAAAAAUUACUUCGAGGUAGCGGAAGGUUCGCGUUAUCGGGGAUUCGAAUUACCAAGGGUGAAACUACAGUAAGUGUAUGAAGGAAAUUCAGGGGAAAUCGAUUUUCAUUCGAGUUAAUAGCGCGAGGUUCGAGUUAUCGGGAGUCGACUGUUUUGUUGAAUUACCUUUGUAAUUUUCUGGCUUAUUGUAAGAGUCUAUCGUAAAAAAAUAAAUAACCAAAUAAUAAUAAUGAUAAUGAGAAUAAUAAUAACAAUAAUUGAUUUAUUAUCUAUUGCUUUCACAGAAUGUUUCCUGUCAAAACGGAGGCGAAAACGUUUGGUUUAAAUUUGUGAACCUAUUUGAGUCGAACCGCAGAUAUUUUGGGUUUUUUAUACCAGGCCUAGAUAGUAAGAUGUGUCUUACUCGCAGUUGUAAUGGAAACUUGUCUGUAAUUAGAGUUAACUCAACAGUUAACCGAGACUGCUUCUUUAAACCGUCCAGAAGUAAAUGA